AUGGGCGAGUAUGGUGCUUCGUUGGAGGAGCUCCGCGCCCUUAUGGAGUACAGGGGUGCGGAAGCGAAGGAGAAGAUCGACGCCGACUAUGGCGGUAUCACGGGUUUAUGUGAACGGCUGAAAACCGAUCCAAAUAAUGGUAUACCGAAUACGACUUCCGAGUUGGAACGACGGCGGGCCGUUUUCGGUGCGAACGAAAUUCCCCCACAUCCACCGAAGUGCUUUCUGCAAUUGGUUUGGGAAGCAUUGCAGGAUGUCACAUUGGUUAUUCUAUUGGUUUCUGCUAUCGUAUCGUUAGCCUUGUCCUUUUAUCGGCCGCCGGAUGACGGAACAGGUGUCGGCGCGGAUGACAGCGAACACGAAGCUGGUUGGAUUGAGGGAGUCGCUAUUUUGAUAUCGGUUAUUGUUGUUGUUUUGGUGACGGCUCUUAAUGACUACACUAAAGAACGGCAAUUUAGAGGUCUGCAGGCCAAAAUCGAGACCGAGCAUAAGUUCGCUGUCAUUAGAGAUGGCCAGUCGAUCCAGGUUGUUGUGAAUGAACUAGUAGUUGGUGAUGUCGCUCAGAUCAAAUACGGUGACCUGCUGCCUGCUGAUGGUGUUCUGAUCCAGGCGAACGAUCUCAAAAUCGACGAGUCUUCACUGACCGGAGAAUCUGAUUUGAUUCGAAAAACACCUGAACAUGAUCCGGUUAUUCUCUCAGGAACGCACGUUAUGGAAGGAUCUGCAAAAAUGCUUGUCACUGCCGUUGGUGUGAACUCGCAGACGGGCAUCAUCAUGACGCUUUUGGGAGCAGCAAAGACGGUGGCCGAAGAGGAACGUAAAGCAGCGAAGAGAGAAGGUGAUGCUGUGCAAGAAACCGACGAAGGCACCGCUCAGGCUUUACUGGAUGUGAAAGCUGAUGGAGCAGACGGGGUUGCUAAUGGGAAAAUUGUCGCUGAAGAAAAUGAAAAGAAAGAACGAUCCGUGCUGCAAGCGAAACUGACUCGACUUGCUAUACAAAUCGGCUAUGCUGGAUCUUUCGUUGCUGGUUGCACAGUGCUUAUUCUGGUGAUCCGUUUCUGUAUCUCACGAUAUGCCAUCGAAGAGAAGUCAUUCUCUCUGGCGGACUUCCAACACUUCAUCAACUUCCUCAUUAUCGGAGUAACGGUGCUUGUGGUAGCUGUUCCAGAGGGAUUACCAUUGGCUGUAACAUUGUCGCUUGCCUAUUCCGUCAAGAAGAUGAUGUUGGAUAACAACUUGGUACGUCACUUGGAUGCCUGCGAAACCAUGGGUAACGCGACGUCGAUUUGUUCGGAUAAGACGGGAACGCUGACUACAAACAGAAUGACUGUUGUACAGUCAUACAUAAAUGAUGUUCACUACAAAGAAAUACCCAAAAUGGAGACACUUAACAAAGAAACGCUAGAGUUGCUACUCAAUUGCAUUUCGAUAAACAGCAGUUAUUCUUCACAGGUCAUCCCCGCUAAGCAAAUGGGUGAACAGGCUACUCAACUCGGCAACAAAACAGAAUGUGGAAUGCUUGGGUUCGUACUUGCGCUUGGUGCUAGUUAUCAAGAUAUUCGCGACAAAAAUCCGGAGGAGUCGAUUCCUAAGGUGUACACAUUUAACUCUGUUCGUAAAAGUAUGUCUACUGUUAUCAAUCGACCUGGUGGCGGAUUCCGAGUUUUUAGCAAGGGAGCCUCAGAAAUCAUCACAAAAAAAUGUAAAUGGUUCCUUGGCAAAAAUGGACAGUUGACCAAGUUUGGCCCGAAAGAUGCUGAAGCAUUGGUUCGGAAUGUCAUUGAGCCCAUGGCUUCGGAUGGAUUGCGAACAAUCUGCCUCGCUUAUAAAGAUUACGUGCCAGCUGGUGGAGCAGUUGGUGAGAAUCAGAUUGCUUACACUGGUGCGAUUGAUUGGGACAAUGAGGACGCGAUAGUAAGUGAACUAACAGCUAUAGCUAUCGUAGGCAUCCAGGAUCCUGUCCGACCUGAAGUACCAGCUGCUAUUACGAAGUGUCAGGAAGCUGGCAUCACUGUAAGGAUGGUCACCGGUGACAAUAUCAACACUGCGCGCUCAAUUGCGACCGCUUGUGGUAUCCUUAAGCCCGGAGAGGACUUCAUCGCACUUGAAGGCAAAGAGUUUAACGCAAGAAUCCGAGACGAGAAUGGUGAAGUUUCUCAGGAAAAACUGGAUCAGAUUUGGCCUAAGUUACGUGUUCUUGCUCGUGCCCAACCAUCAGACAAAUACACUCUUGUGAAGGGCAUUAUUGAUUCUCGUGUGACGGAUUCGCGUGAGGUCGUUGCGGUAACUGGAGAUGGGACAAACGACGGACCUGCUCUCAAGAAAGCUGACGUCGGCUUUGCUAUGGGUAUCGCUGGCACAGACGUGGCGAAAGAGGCCUCUGAUAUCAUACUCACUGAUGACAAUUUCACUUCAAUUGUGAAGGCAGUAAUGUGGGGACGUAAUGUGUACGAUUCAAUUGCCAAAUUCUUGCAAUUCCAACUUACUGUUAAUGUUGUUGCUGUCGUAGUAGCUUUCGUCGGUGCUUGUGCAAUCCAGGAUACUCCACUAAAGGCCGUACAAAUGCUUUGGGUGAAUCUUAUUAUGGAUACGCUUGCUUCGCUUGCUCUUGCUACAGAAAUGCCAACUGAAGAUCUUUUGAAGAGGAAGCCUUAUGGGCGCACGAGUCCUCUGAUCUCUCGCACCAUGAGCAAAAACAUUCUCGGCCAUGCGCUAUAUCAACUUGUAGUGUUGUUCGUACUGAUUUUUUACGGAGAGAAAUUAUUCGACAUUCCAUCGGGUCGUUGGGCUCCACUUCACUCGCCCCCUUCCGUCCACUUCACUAUCGUCUUCAACACUUUUGUGAUGAUGACGCUCUUCAAUGAAAUCAAUGCGAGGAAGAUUCAUGGAGAAAGAAAUGUCUUCACGGGUCUGUUCUCGAAUCCGAUUUACUACGUGAUCUGGAUCGCCACUUUCAUCUCACAAAUUCUCAUUGUACAGUUUGGCGGUCGCUGGUUUAGUACUGCAUCUUUGAACGUUGAGCAGUGGUUGUGGUGUUUGGCGCUUGGAGUUGGUACUCUGCUCUGGGGACAGGUAGUAACAACUAUCCCAACGGGCAGCCUACCACAGAACAUGACGAUCGGCUCCGGCGAAGCACCAAUGAACGACCCAUUGAUGCCGGAUUACGAAGAUCCUGAUACUCACGAAAAACGUUCCGGCCAAAUUUUGUGGGUGCGUGGCCUGACUCGCCUACAGACGCAGCUUCGUGUGGUGAAGGCAUUCCGAUCGUCAUUGGAAGAAUUUGACGAGCGGCGUUCUAUCGCAUCGACACAUUCUGUGCAAUCCAUGCGUGGAUGGUCACGCUUGGCAUCAAGCCCUGACCCAGCCGGGACUCGAGCAGCUUUGGCUGCGUUAUCUCAUAGGCAGUCGCCGCAACCUUAUCCAUACUAUCAUCAUCAGCAACCACGUACUCCUUCGCCACAACCCCAAAUUGUGGUUGAAAACGGGGGUGGUGGAGGCAGUUCCAACGUGGCGUCGCCAACAACCGGAAACGUAAAAUUGGAGAAGGUGCCUUUAGUGCAAAAAUGGUCACCGGACACGAAUUCUUCGUACUCUCAGCGUAUCUCAAAAAGUAUGUCUUUGGACACGCCGGUCUCAGUAGCACACGUCUAA